AUGGCAGAUACUUUGGAAUACAAGGCCCGAAGAUCAAGGGCUGGUACGCUCAAUAAUGAUGAUAAGACUCUGAGUUAUAAUGAUACUAGAGAAUUGAAACAAUGGUUGGCUAAAUCAAAUUGUCAACAUUAUUAUUCGAAAUUUGUAGAGAAUAAUAUAACAUUUGACUUAGUAACUGAAUUGGAUUCAUCAUCGUUAAGGGAAAUUGGGAUAGAUAAACUAGGUGAUCGAUUGAAAUUAGAAUUAUCGAUAUCAAAUUUGAAAAAUGAAAAGUUACAAUCAAAUUUAAAUAUUGAAGAUUUAUAUAAAACUUUGAAUCUAAAUAUUUCAAAUACUUCUCAAAUACCUGCUAAUGAAUUAUCAGGAAAACUUGACUUAUCUAGUGCAAAUGAUUCAACAACCUUAUUACCAGGUGCUCAAUCGUAUCUUAAUACAUCAUCAACUAAUUUAAAUAAAGAUUCCAAUAAGAAUGUUACUUUCAUUUUACAGGAUGGAUCUUGCAAAAGAGUUAAUGUAACUGGUUGUUUUAAUUCUCAGUCAAUUAAAAGAAAAGUUUUGAAAAAAUUAGGUAUUAAACAACAAGAAGCUAAAUACCAUACAUAUAUUCAUUCGAAAGAUCAUCAAAAUAAUAAUCAAUUAAAAUUAAAUGCAUUAUAUGAUGUUGAAUUGGUUACAAUUUGUUAUAGUCCUGAUCGAUUAGAAAAACACCGGAUCAUUUUAUGUCCUGAAAAUGAAACUCCAUCGGAAAUUGCAAUCGAAACAUCUAAAAAAAUUCUAGUUAAACAUGAUAGAUUUGAAAAUAUUCGUAUCAAAAAUCAAGAAGAUUUAAGUCAAUAUCAUAUUCCUGAUACUAAACCUAAACAAGCUCCUGGUCCAUCUAUGAGGAAUUUCUUUGGCCAAAGACCUCCAAGUGAAUUGAUUAGUUCAAAUUUAGCUGAAUAUUUCCCAGAAGCCCGCCAAAAAGAAUUAGAAGCCACUGUUCGUAAUUCUGUCAGAUACUCGGUUAGAUUAUCUCGUCGCUUUAAUCUACCCUCUGGGAUUGCUAGUGGUGGUAGUAGCACUGGAUCAAUGAUUAAUGCAAAUCCAAGACAAUCUAUAAUGAGUAAUAAUACAAUCACAACGACUAAUAAUAGAGCUUCAUCAAUUCUGUCGAAUGAUUUUUUGAUUCAAAGAAGACAUCAAAAUAGAACCAUUGGUGAUGUCAUGAUGAAUAAUAUUACCGCAAUUGAUGAGGCAGUUAAUUCUCAAGAUAAUGCUUCAACUUUUAGCAAACCUCCUUCUAUUAUAUCGGGAAUGACCGGAGGAGGAAAUAGCGAUGAUCGAUCGAUACACUCAAAUAACUCUCUGAGUAAAGCUAAUAAUCGUCAAAGAUUUUCUAUUGCUACUAGUUUUGCAGAUCAAUCAAGUUCAAAUAAUCGAUAUUCCAAAAUCGAACUAUUCAGUAUCGACUCCGAUGAAGAAGAAGUCCAAGGAGAUGAAGAAGAGGGUCCUGACUUUAUUAGUGAAUACGGAACAUAUACAAGUGGGGAAUUAAAUUACCAAGAAGGUCAAGAGCUGAGUGAAUCAUUAGAUAAAAUCAGCAAGUUACCAAGUAAAAAAUGGCUACAAGGGGCAAGAAUAGGAGCUGGUAGUUUUGGUAUAGUUUAUUUAGGUAUGGAUCCAUUUACCGGGGAAUUAAUGGCAGUUAAGCAGGUCAAGAUCCCUAACGAAGCUAGUAUGAACAAUGAACUGCAAAAAGCAAUGAUUGAAGCUUUAGAAAGGGAAAUGACAUUAUUAAAAGAACUUAACCAUGAGAAUAUUGUUAGGUAUCUUGGAUCAUCCACUGAUGAUCAAUUUUUGAACAUUUUUUUAGAAUAUGUACCCGGAGGAUCGGUACAAUCAAUGCUUAAUCUGUACGGGCCAUUCGAAGAGCCUUUAAUUCGUAAUUUCAUUAGGCAAGUGUUGAUUGGUUUGAAUUAUUUACACAGCGAAGGGAUAAUACAUCGUGAUAUUAAAGGGGCAAACAUUUUGAUUGAUAUCAAGGGAACAGUUAAAAUUAGUGAUUUUGGAAUCUCCAAGAAAGUAGGCAGCUCAAAUGUCGAUGAUACCGAAGAAGAAAACAAUCAGCAAAAGAAAGGGGGAAGAAGAGCUUCAUUACAAGGAUCGGUUUAUUGGAUGGCACCAGAAGUUGUUAAACAAACUGCUUACACUAAAAAGGCUGAUAUUUGGUCUGUUGGAUGCCUUAUUGUGGAAAUGUUUACUGGUAAUCAUCCGUUCCCAAACUUUAGUCAAAUGCAAGCUAUUUUCAAAAUUGGAACUCAUAUAUUACCCCAAAUACCUGAAUGGUGUACUUUAGAAGCAAAAGAUUUCUUACAAAAAACCUUCGAAGUCGAAUACGAAAAUAGACCAGACGCAAUCGACAUGUUGAAUGAACCAUUCUUGAAUCCCUUGAUCAUGUCAAAACAGUAA